UUUUGUUUUUUAAUUUAACCAAUUCUACAAUAGUUUUUAUACAUUUCGGUAACAUUAAAUUCAAAAACAAUAUUUGAAAAUGAGUCCAAAUUCACGGCGUUAUUUGAUGGCUUUUUUGGUUGUGCUCUCGUUCUUUGUCUAUCGUCUAAUGGAAGUGCAAUUGAAUCGCAAGGCUCCCUUUUUGCCGCGUUGUACCCGCCACGAGGUGGCAAACAAUUUCCCUGAAGAUGUCAUACAUCAAGCGGAUAGUUGUGUCAUAGAGCAACAAACGAGCAAUGGAGAUGAGAAACAAACUUUGCAGUACCUCAAGAUCAGCUGCAUUGCUGAGAACCUGCCACAGGGUCGCCUCAAAUCUCAUGGUCAAAACAUUUUAUUGCAUCAACGCAUACCGAAUCCAAAAUCAAACAAAAACCAAUGGAAUUUCCGAGUACCCAGAGAGGCCGUGAAUGGACUCAGUCUUCUAUUAGCAUGAUUGAUUUUUCGUUUCUUUCUCCCCAUACCCCCACUCCACACUCCCAUUUAUUCAAUCUCUUCUCGUACACAUUUGAAAUUAUAGAAAAGCGAUAACGAAUAUGUCAACGAAAUGGCCACCAACAAAUUUCAAUUAAAUUAAAGGUCAGCUACUGAA